CUCCCAGGCAGGCGCAGAGUCGCGGCCGCCAGCUAGGGGCGCGGGAAGGCGGGGCUCGGAUGCAAUCGGGACCUCCUCCUGGGCUGGGCCGGGGGCGGACUCCCGGACCCAGGGCGCCGGGAGCCGGCGGGCUACCUGCGAGUCGAGUUAGCGUUGUCGCCGAACCGAAGUGAGAGGGCACGGGGAAGGGUCAAAGAGCGUGCCGAAGCGCUGGAGGGAGCUUCUCGGACGCGAGCUAGGCACCGACUCGCCUAAUCCGGUACUAAUCCGGCUUGCUGCUUCCCGUCCAGGCCUCGCUCGCCAUGGGGGAGGUGGAGAUCUCGGCCCUGGCCUACGUGAAGAUGUGCCUGCAUGCUGCCCGGUACCCACACGCCGCAGUCAACGGGCUGUUUCUGGCGCCAGCGCCGCGGUCUGGAGAAUGCCUGUGCCUCACCGACUGUGUGCCCCUCUUCCACAGCCACCUGGCCCUGUCCGUCAUGUUGGAGGUCGCCCUCAACCAGGUGGAUGUGUGGGGAGCACAGGCCGGUCUGGUGGUGGCUGGUUACUACCAUGCCAAUGCAGCUGUGAACGAUCAGAGACGGAGUCUCCCUCUGUCUCCCAGGCUGGAGUGCAGUGGCGCAAUCUCGGCUCACUGGAACUUCCACCUCCUAGAUUCAAGCGAUUCUUCUGCCUCAGCCUCCCGAGUAGCUGGGAUCACAGAUGAGCGCCACCAUGCCCGGCUAAUUUUUUUUAUUUUUUUAAUUUAUUAUUAUUUUUUAUUUUUAGUAGAGAUGGGGUUUCGCCAUGUUGGCCAGGCUGGUCUAGAACUUGACCUCAGGUGAUCCACGCGCCUCAGACUCCCAAAGUGCUGGGAUUACAGGCGUAAGCCACCACUCUCGGCCAACAGACUGAUCUUGCUUUUAACUGAGGUGUCCCCCAGGGGCUGAAAGAACAGAGAAAUCCCAACCAGCAACUUCAAAAAUAAGGCAGUUUCCUUAUAUAUACACAUAUAGGAAAAGACAAUUUUAUAUAUAUAUAUAUAAAUCAUAUACAUGAAGCAAUUAGAGGUACUGUUUUGUAAUUUGCGUUUCUCCCUCACUUAAUAAAUACUCGACAUCAUCCCAUUUCCACACCAAGAUCUACCUUUCCCUAACAGCUAUAUAGUCUGAAUAUGAAUGUACUCUAAUUUAUUUAAUACUUUAAACAAUGAGGUUGUUUCCAGUGUUUUAUCACAGACACUGUCCUAUGAUUACCGUAAAUUCUUUAUAAGUAGAAUUUCUGGGUCAGCAUAUGUAUAGUAUGUAUACAGUUUCAAUUUGGAUGGUUAUGCCAAAUUACCUUCCAAAAAGACCACCUUUGGUUUCCACUCUCACCAGCAAUAUCUGAGCACCUGUCUCCCACAGCACUCAAGCAUCAAGCAGUCGUGCAUCAAGCAUCCAGCAGGCCCGAUCCCCGCAGGCCACCUACAGGGAAAGGCCACAGCUGCGCCCACACCUAUGAGACCUGGGAGGCCCAGCUCAAAUGGAUGGGUUUUGCCCACAGUUGGCUCCUCACUCCUCUGAUCUUCCCUCUACACAGCCCUGGGCCCCUGGCCUUGAAAAUUGCUGGGCGAAUUGCAGAAUUCUUCCCUGAUGCAGUACUUAUUAUGUUGGAUAAUCAGAAACUGGUGCCUCAGCCUCGUGUGCCCCCGGUCAUCGUCCUGGAGAACCAAGGUCUCCGCUGGGUCCCUAAGGAUAAGAACUUAGUGAUGUGGAGGGACUGGGAAGAGUCACGGCAGAUGGUGGGAGCUCUACUGGAAGAUCGGGCCCACCAGCACCUUGUGGACUUUGACUGCCACCUUGAUGACAUCCAGCAGGACUGGACCAACCAGCGGCUCAACACUCAAAUCACCCAGUGGGUUGGUCCCACUAAUGGAAAUGGAAAUGCCUGAGACAGGGCCAGCGGGGCCCGGUUCCAAUAAAGAGACUUGGGCUGA